CUAGUGUAAAGUUCAAGGUCACAAUAAAAAUUAAAAGUUUUAUUUAUUUUAGAGCUUACUUUGUUUGCUAAAGAACUUGCGAAUGAGUGCACGAUUUUUAAGCAGAAUGGCACCAGUCGUAAAACAUUUCGACUUUCUGGUGAUCGGGGGAGGUUCAGGAGGUCUGGCAUGUGCAAGGCGGGCUGCAGAAUUUGGAGUGAAAGCUGCAAUUGUUGAACAUGGGCGUCUGGGCGGAACAUGUGUGAAUGUAGGAUGUGUCCCCAAGAAGAUAAUGUUCAACACUGCAGUACAUGCUGAAUAUAUACAUGACCACAAAGAUUAUGGAUUUGAUGUGGAAUACAAGAACUUUGAUUGGAGUGUCAUCAAAAAAACUAGAGAUGAUUAUAUAAAGAGGCUGAAUGGAAUCUACCAAAGAAACUUAGAUGGUAGCAAAGUUGAAACAAUUCUUGGUGAUGCAAAGUUUACAGAAGGCAACUGUGUUGAAGUUGAGGGACAGAAAUACUCAGCAGAACACAUCCUUAUUGCCACAGGGGGGCGUCCUACCCCAGUAAACAUCCCAGGUGCAGAACAUGGAAUUGAUAGUGAUGGAUUCUUUGAACUGGAGUCUCUACCAAAAAAGACUGUGGUAGUAGGUGCCGGUUAUAUAGCAGUAGAACUAGCAGGAAUUCUAAAGACUCUUGGUUCUGAUGUUUCUCUUAUGAUCAGAUAUGAUAAGGUACUCAGAAAUUUUGAUGAUAUGAUAUCCACGGCUGUUACUGAUGAGUUGGAAAAUAUAGGAGUUAACCUACUUAGGAGAACUCAGACUCAAAGUGUUACAAAGGACGCUAACUCAGGUCUAAUGACAUUAGAGACCAACUCAGGUACUAUUCCAGAUGUUAGCUGUCUUUUAUGGGCAAUAGGCAGGGUGCCGAAUGCAGAAAUAGGUCUAGAUGAAGUGGGAGUUGAGCUAGAUGGUAAAGGGAACAUUAAAGUAGAUGAAUUCCAGAAUACGUCAGCUAAAAACAUAUAUGCCCUUGGUGAUGUAUGUGGAAAGGCACUUUUAACUCCAGUUGCUAUAGCAGCAGGAAGAAAACUUGCUCACAGACUGUUUGACAACAAACCAACAUGGAGGUUGGAUUAUGAGAACAUUCCAACAGUUGUAUUUAGUCAUCCCCCAGUUGGCACCAUAGGAAUGACAGAAGCUGAAGCCGCAGCCAAGUAUGGAGCUGAAAACCUUAAGAUUUACAAGUCAUCAUUCACCCCCAUGUAUUACGCAGUGACAGAACGUAAAGUGAAAUGUCACAUGAAGUUGAUAUGUGCUCUGCCAGAAGAAAAGGUUGUAGGUCUACACAUGAUAGGCCAAGGCUGUGAUGAAAUGUUACAAGGUUUCUCAGUUGCCAUUAAGAUGGGAGCAACAAAGAAGGACUUUGAUAGCGCAGUAGCUAUACAUCCAACGUCAUCAGAGGAAUUAGUCACAAUGAGAUAAAUGAAUGCUGCAAUUAAAUAAAUCAGCUUCACAAUGGAAUAAAUGAGCAUUGCAAUGAUAUAAAUAUACAUCACAAUGAGAUAAAUCAGC